AUGUCAUUUUUUCCUGAUGAUUCAUAUGAUUCAACAUCAGAUACUACCAAUACCUAUGUUGAAAAACCAAAAAAGAAAAAGAGAAUACCCAGUACCAUUAAUUCCGAAUCCAAGCAUGAUAUGAAUUAUAGUAAACCGGAAUUCGAAACUAAUAGCAAUGCUAGUAGAGAAACCACACAAAGUAAUCUUCCUAUUGAGUUGAAGAAUCAAAAGAGAUUAUUUUCUUUCCUUUUCAGUAAGGAUGUUCCACCAGUAAAUUCUCCUGAAGAGAGACAACCUUAUCCAUGGAAAAGAACUAAUUUAAUAUCUCGUGGGUUAUUAUAUUGGUUAUAUCCGAUCUUGUAUAAAGGUUAUAAAAGAACUUUGGUUCCUGAUGAUUUAUAUUAUCUUACAGAAGAAUUGACUGUUGAACAUAUGCAUGAAAAAUUUGAUAACAUUUUACAAGAACAUAUCAAAUAUUAUGAGAGUAAGCACUUACAAAAGAAUCCUGACUUAUCCAACUUCAAAUGGCCAAAAUUCUUAAUACCUUUAUGUCUUUAUAAAACAUUCCCAUUACAAUACACUAUGUCAUGUAUAUUUUUAGGAUUAUCAUUUGUUUGUCAAGCAUUAUCACCAUUGAUUACUCGUAGAAUCAUUGAUUUUGUUGAAUUCCAAGCUUUAGGGUUCGAAAGAACUCUAAAUAAAGGUAUUGGUUAUACCUUAGGUGCGGUGGUGUUAAUUUAUAUCAAUGGUUUAUUAUUAAAUCAUUUCUUCCAUAAUGCUAUGGUAACCGGUGCUCAAUGUAAAGCUAUAUUAUCCAAAUCUUUAUUAAUGAAAUCAUUUAAAUUAUCAUCGAAAGCUAAGCAAAACUUUUCUGUUGGUAGAAUUACAAGUUUAAUGACCACUGAUUUAUCAAGAAUUGAUUUAGCUAUUGGAUUUCAACCUUUAGUUGUGUGUUUCCCUAUUCCAGUUAUCAUUGCUGUAGUAUUGUUAUUAACCAGUAUUGGGGUCACAUCAUUAUCAGGUAUUGGAUUAUUCAUUGUUAGUCUUGUAGUAUGUGUAUUAUUAACUACUAAAUUAUUCAAUACUAGAGAACUUGUAGUUGAUUUUACUGAUGAAAGAAUUGGUCUUAUGAGAGAAAUCUUAACUAAUUUGAAAGUCAUCAAAUUUUAUGCUUGGGAAUUGGCUUAUAAAUUACGUAUAACGAAAGUUAGAGAACAAGAAAUGAAAUAUUUGUUCACCAUUAAAGUUUUACGUAAUUUCAUUACGGCUUAUGCUGUCACCUUGCCUACUUUAACAUCAAUGUUAUCAUUUGUUGUUUUAUGGGCUACAGAUUCAAUGAAAUCUCCUGGUAAAGUGUUUUCUUCAUUAUCAUUAUUCUCCAUUUUGGCUCAAGCUAUUAUGUUAUUACCAAUUGCUUUAGCUACUGGUGCUGAUGCAUUGAUUGGAUUCAAUAGAUUAAGAGAUUUCUUCUCAGCUGACGAAUAUGAUCAUAAAUUAGAUCAACAUUUGAAUUCUUUUGAAGAUAAGUUUUUCACUGGAGAUGCUGCUCCAGCUAGAAACAAUGGUCCAUAUUCUAUUGAAGUUAAAAAGGGGAAGUUUAGUUGGGAAAAUUCUAAGGAUUCUGAAUUAGAUGAUGAUUUAUGGGAUUUGAAAGAUUUGACCAAGAAACAGAAACAAAAAGUAUUGAAGAAACGUGAGAAACAAAGAGCCAAAGAUUUAAAGAAUGGUAAAAUUCCUAUCGAAUCAAUUCAAGUUGAUCCUAAUCAUUAUGCUGUAGAAAGAUUUAAUGGUUUACGUGAUGUUAAUUUGAAGAUCAAAAAGGGAGAAUUCGUGGUAAUUACUGGAGUCAUUGGAUCAGGUAAAUCAUCAUUAUUGAAUGCUUUGGCAGGAUUUAUGAAAAUUAUCGAUGGAGAUUUGAAAAUUUAUGAUAAAUUAUUAUUAUGUUCAACUCCAUGGAUUCAAAAUACCACUAUCAGAGAAAAUAUCACUUUUGGAUCAGAAUUUGAUGUUUUCAAAUAUCAAAAAAUCAUCAAAGCUUGUGCUUUAGAAGAUGAUUUGAAAGAAUUCCCUGCUAGAGAUUUCACUGAAAUUGGUGAAAGAGGUAUCACAUUAUCUGGAGGUCAAAAGGCAAGAAUCAAUUUAGCGAGAGCUGUUUAUGCUAAUCCUGAUACCAUUUUAUUAGAUGAUGUUUUAAGUGCUGUUGAUUCAAGAGUUGGUAAACAUAUCAUUGAUAAUUUAUUCAAUGGAUUAUUAGUCAAUAAAACCAGAGUUUUAGCUACUCAUCAAUUAUCAUUGAUUGAUAAUGCUGAUAGAAUUGUUUACUUGAAUGGUGAUGGUACUAUUGAUGUUGGUACUAUUGAUGAAUUAAGUGGACGUAAUGCUAAUUUCAAGAGUUUAUUUGAUAUUAAUGUUGAAAUGACUGAAGGUAAAGAUAUUUAUACCAAGCCAGAGGAAGAAAGUAAUACCCAUGAAGAAUUUGAAGAAGGUGAAAUCAUUGGUGAUGGGAAAAUCAUUGAAGAUGAAGAACGUGGAACCAAUUCUAUUUCUUGGGAUGUUUACAAGAAAUAUAUCAAUUUGGGUUCUGGAAUUUUCGGUUAUAGUGCAGCACCAAUAUUCAUUUUAUUGGUUUGUCUUGCUACGUUUUUCCAAUUGUUUACUAAUACUUGGUUAAGUUAUUGGACAGAAAAACGAUUCCCUGGUAAAUCAGAUCAUUUUUAUGUUGCCUUUUAUGUCGGUUUUGCUUUCCUUACUGUGAUCUUCACUGCUAUUGAAUUCACUAUGUUAGCUUAUAUGAAUUCUAGAUCAGCUGAAACUUUGAAUGUUAAAGCUGUGGAAAAAGUUUUACACGCUCCAAUGAGUUUUGUUGAUACUAAUCCUUUAGGAAGAAUCUUGAAUCGUUUCACUAAGGAUACUGAUUCUUUAGAUAAUGAAAUUGGUGAACAAUUAAGACUUUUUCUUUUCCCAUUAGCAACUAUUAUUGGUAUUAUAAUCUUAUGUAUUACUUAUUUACCAUAUUUUGCUAUUGCUGUACCAAUUUUAGCUUUUGCUUUUGUAUUUAUUUCAAAUUUUUAUCAAGGUUCAUCCCGUGAAAUCAAAAGAUUAGAAGCUAUUCAAAGAUCUUUGGUUUAUAACAAUUUCAAUGAAACUUUAACUGGUAUGAAUACCAUCAAAUCUUAUAAUAUGGAACAUGUAUUUAUCAAGAGAAAUGAUCAAUAUAUUAAUAAAAUGAAUGAAGCUUAUUAUUUAUCCAUUGCAACUCAAAGAUGGUUAAGUAUUCAUUUAGAUAUUGUUGCCGUUGUAUUUGCAUUAAUCAUUUGUAUGUUAUGUAUUACUCAACAAUUCAAUAUCAGUGCAUCAUCAACUGGUUUGUUAUUAAGUUAUGUUAUUCAAAUUGUUGGUUUAUUAAGUUUAACCAUCAGAUCCAUGACUCAAGUUGAAACUGAAAUGAAUUCAGUCGAAAGGUUAUAUCAUUAUGCUUUCAAGUUGGAACAAGAAGCUGCUUAUAACAAAACUGAAUUUGCUCCACCUCAAGAAUGGCCACAAACUGGAUUCAUUGAAUUUAAGAAUGUUUCAUUGAAUUAUCGUCCUGGUUUACCUUUAGUCUUAAAAGAUUUAAAUUUCAAUGUUUAUCCUGGUGAAAAAAUUGGAAUUUGUGGUAGAACUGGUGCAGGUAAAUCUUCAAUAAUGACUGCCUUAUAUAGAUUGAGUGAAUUACAAAGUGGUUCUAUUUUAAUUGAUGGUUUAGAUAUCAGUGAUAUGGGAUUAUUUGAAUUAAGAUCAAGAUUAUCAAUCAUUCCUCAAGAUCCUGUUUUAUUCCAAGGUACUAUUAGAAAGAAUUUAGAUCCUUUCAAUGAAAGUACUGAUGAAAAAUUAUGGGAUUCAUUAAGAAGAUCAGGAUUAAUUGAUUCUCAAGUGUUGGAUCAAGUUAAAGUAACAAAAUAUGAUCCAAAGAAUAAAAUUGAACAUGAUAAAUUACAUAAAUUCCAUUUAGAUCAAUUGGUUGAUGAUGAUGGAGAGAAUUUCUCAUUAGGUGAAAGACAAUUAAUUGCAUUAUCAAGAGCUUUAGUUAGAAAUUCCAAAAUUUUAAUUCUUGAUGAAGCAACUUCAUCAGUUGAUUAUGAAACUGAUUUCAAAAUUCAACAAACUAUUGCUAGAGAAUUUUCAAAUUGUACAAUUUUAUGUAUUGCUCAUAGAUUAAAAACAAUUUUGAAUUACGAUAGAAUUUUAGUUAUGGACCAAGGAGAAAUCAUUGAAAAAGGUGUUCCUUUGAGUUUAUUCAAUGAUGACGGUAUUUUCACUAAUAUGUGUAAAAAAGCCAAUAUUGAUUUUGAUGAUUUUGAACAAGUCAUUGCUUAUUAA